CGCGGUGCGGGGAAGAUGGCGGCGGGGCGGGCGGCGGCGGUGGCGGCCUGCGGGGCCCGCGCUGCCCUAGGGGCCCGGCGGGUCCGGGCCGCGCUGGGCCGGGCCGCCAGCGGCACCGCCGGCACCGACGCGGUGCUGCGGGAGCGGCUGCGGCGGCACCAGGCAGCAGAAGGACCCCUGGGACACACCCCCAGCCCAGAGGAGGAGGAGGAGGAAGAGCGGCGGCGGCGGGAGCGGAUGGCGGCCGCCCGGCGGUUAGCCCUGCGCCUGGCGGGGCUGCUGGGUGCUGGCACCGGCGUGGCACUCGUCUACAUCUUCGGCAGCAACGCGGUGGACGAGCACGGUGCCAAGAUCCCCGAUGAGUUCGAUGGCGACCCUGUGGGCAUCCAGCAGCUCCGCAGGACCUACAAGUACUUCAAGGACUACAGGCAGAUGAUCAUCGAGCCCACCAGCCCCAAGCUGCUGCCGGACCCCCUGCGCGAACCCUACUACCAGCCCCCCUACACCCUCGUCAUCGAGCUCACUGACGUCCUGCUGCACCCCGAGUGGUCGCUCGUCACUGGCUGGCGCUUCAAAAAGCGUCCGGGCAUCGAGAGCUUCCUGCAGCAGCUUGCACCCCUCUACGAGAUAGUUGUCUUCACCUCUGAAACCGGCAUGACCGCCUUCCCCCUCAUUGACAGCGUGGACCCCCACGGCUUCAUCUCCUACCGUCUCUUCCGUGAUGCCACCCGCUACAUGGAUGGGCACCACGUCAAGGACAUCUCCUGCCUUAACAGAGACCCGGCUAAGGUGGUGGUGGUGGAUUGCCGGAGAGAAGCCUUCUGCCUACAGCCCUACAACGGGCUGGCGCUGCCCCGCUGGGACGGCAGCUCCGACGACCGCGCGCUCUACGACCUCACCGCUUUCCUCAAAACUAUUGCCCUCAGCGGGGUGGAGGACGUCCGGACGGUGCUGGAGAAUUACGCGCUGGAGGAGGAUCCGCUGGCGGCUUUUAAACGACGCCGGUCGCAGCUGGAGGAGGAGGAGCAGCAGCGCCUGGCCGAGCUGGCGCAGGGCAAGAAGCCGACGGGGCUUUUCCUGGGUGCCCUGGCCGGCCGCCUCUGGCCACGCUCCAAGCAGCAGUGAUGUCAUCAGGACGGUGCCGUGAUGUCAGCAGGAUGUCGCCAUGAUGUCAGCGGUGCAAGGCGGGGUGGGGGGGACACCCCAUUCACCAGCGCCGUGGUAGCAGGGGGUGAUGCGUCACCCAGACCCGGACGAUGCAGUCGGAGGCGCCGGUGGUCGUCCCGUGGCUGGCGGUGGGGGGGGACCGGGCGUGGCCUCGCUUUUGGGGGGGGUUGGAGGGUUUUGGAGGGGGCUUGACCCCAGUGGGGAUGAAUAAAGGGUGACGUGGA